UUCACUGGUGUUAACUCCAGAUACUUCAGGUCAGAGUGAACUUCAUACCAGCUCAUGUCAGCCAUAAGAGAAGGAGGAAUGUAAAAGGUGUUGUGGUCUGCCUACAUUAAAAGCAACAACUGACACAUGACAGAAAAAAAGAGAAAACAAUAUGAGGAAGUGACACUUUACUAAUUAGAGGAAGUAGAUCCAACAUUUCUCUUUAAGAAGCUACUAGUUCAGAGACUUACAAGUAAGAAGCAGAGAGAAAAGAGACAAAGAGGCACGAUGAUUAAGUUCAGAUGGAUUAAAAUGUCUUUAUUUCUGAUGCCAGUGCUUCAGUUUACAGCAGCAGCAGCUGGACAGCUUUUCCUCUCCUUCACUGUCAGAGUUGGAGAAGAAGUCACUUUGUCUUGUGAAAAUGUGAUAGACGGUCAGCAAAAAUGUAACAGUACUACAUGGUUCUUCAGUAAAUCAAGAAACACAGCAGCAGUAGAGCUGAUUAAACUUGGGCAGAUUGGUGAAAGAGCCAAAGCUAAAUCAGACAGACUGAGUGUUACAGCGAGCUGUUCUCUGCUUAUAAAGAAGGUCACAGUCGAGGAUGUUGGUCGUUAUCACUGUCAACAGUUCAAAUUAGGAGACAAACAAGGUCCAGACUCUGUGGUUCUUCUGUCUGUUGUUACCAUAACUGAACAUAAGGACCCUGAUAAGGUGGCGUUAACCUGCUCUGUGUCGACAUUUGAACGAUGUCGACACACAGUGAAGUGGCUGUAUGCGAGUAAAGAUGUGGCUAAAGAUAACAAAGACUUGGUGACAUCACAGUCUCCCUGCAGUGCCUCUGUGAGCUUCCUGACUUCUCAUUUUAUUCACACAUCGAGGUCUAACUUCCUUACAUGUGAAGUGACUGAUGGCAACAAAGAGCAGCUGUUUCCCUUCAGACUUCAGCCCUCAGGUGAGAAACCAGGUGAGGACACAACAACAGCAACAACUGAAUCAACAACAACUGAAAACAGCAGGAAAGCAGGUAUCACCACGACAGCGUCUGCAAUCAAUGAUGCUUCAACACAACUACAACUUAACUGGUGGAGGUUCAGCAUUGUGUCUGCGGGUUUAGCAGCUCUCAUAAUAAUCGUUGUGGCCGUCAACAUGUGGACAAGAACUAAAGGGAAAAAAACACAGAUGGAUGAAAACAAAGUGAAUAAUGAAGAUGAAGAUGAUGGUGUUGUGAACUAUGAAAACUUUGGAGACCCUUCUGCCUCAGUCAGACUCCGCUGAUCAACAACUUCCAUAUCAACAUCAACUCAUCAACCCUUGUCAGCUGUAUCAGUGACAUUAGACCCUGGAUGACCAAAAACGUUCUGCAGUUAAACAAACACAACACUGAGGUCCUUGUGGUAGGCGCUAGAGGUCAGAGACAGGAGAUCCACUCCAAACUGAUCUCGCUGUCUCUGAAACCCAGUGAGCAGGUUAGAAAUCUAGGUGUUAUCUUGGAUUCAGAACUAAACUUCACAAGCCACAUUACAAAUAUAACUAGAAAAGCAUUUUACCACCUAAAACCCAUCUUGUCUCAGUCAGACACUGAAAAACUGGUUCAUGCAUUUAUCUCCUCCAGGUUAGACUACUGUAAUGCCCUUCUUGCUAGACUCCCCAAAAAGACCGUGAGACGGCUCCAGCUCAUUCAAAAUGCUGCAGCCAGAGUACUGGAACAAGAAAAACAUAUUACUCCUAUACUACACUGGCUUCUGAUAAAGUACAGAAUUGAUUUCAAAAUAUUGCUCACUGUUUACAAAUCACUUAAUGGUCUAGCUCCUAAAUACAUCUGCUCACUGCUCACAAAACCUCCAGAACCCUCCGAUCAUCAGACGCUGGUCUAGCUGUACCCGUGAUCAGUAGUAAAUCUGGUGACGGUGCAUUCAGUUAUUAUGGGCCCACUCUCUGGAACAAACUGCCUGAUAAGAUGUACGACAACUGUGUCAUCUUUUCACAGCAAACUUGAGACAUACCUGUUAUCUCAGGCCUGUGACUAGUUAGGGCUUCUGCUUGUCUCUCUGUCGGUCUCUCUCGCUCUUUUUUGGGUAUGUGUGGGUGGGU